GAUCCAUCACGAACGGGCUCAACGCAACUUGCCACGUCUGCCACCGGCCACAACCCACAAGAUAAGAAGACAUGCUCGCCGUGCUUGCCGCCGGCGGCGCCGCUCCGACACCGCCGCGAUUCUCCUCCCCCUCGCGCCGGCGCAAGCCAGCGGAACGGGUACGCUUGCCCCGGCCCGCCCGCGUCCUGCAGAACGGCGGGGGCGGGCGCAGCCCUCUGGGCCCUGCCUGGCCCGCCGUCUCCGCGGCCCUCUUCGGCGCCGGGUUCCUCCUCGGCCCGCUCCUGGACGGCAUCCACUCCCGCGUGGGCCUCCAGCUCUACCGCAACGGCGCCCUCGACCUCGGCCCCCUCCACACCCACAUCCUGGUGCCGCCGCUGCUCGGGGCGUUCUACUGCACCGUGGGGAUGCUCCAGCUGUUCCUGGACGAGAGGGCGGCGCCGCCCGCCAGAUCCAAGGCCACCGGGAGCCCGCGCGACACGGCCACGUCGCUAAUAGUGCUUGCCCUGUUCAUCGAGCUCAGCGCGGAGCUGUACGGGGCGGGGGUGGCCAGCAACGUGGAGGCGUACGUGCUGUUCGCCGCCGCGGAGUUCGUCUGGCUCUUGCUCGAGGGCUCCUGGCUCGGCUUCGCCCUCGCGUGCCUCGUCGGCGUCGCCUGCCCUCUCGCCGAGGUCCCACUCAUCAAGUUGUUGGAGUGCUGGAGCUAUCCCGACGCCGACGUACAACUGUUUGGCACGGGGGUGAUGAGCUGGACGACGACGUGCUACUUCGUGUACACGCCGUUCCUGGUGAACCUGGCGAGAUUGCUCAAGUCGCGGCUGGCGGCCCAGGGGAAGGAAGAUGCAGAAGCUCCGUGAUUUUUCUGCCGAGGAUGGCCAGGAUAUAGGUGUACUCCGUAAUACUCUGCUCGCUAGCUGAGUAGCUUCGUCUGCUAGAGAUUGCCCAACCUCGUCAGCUAGAUCAGAGUACUAGUGACACAGUCACACAGUUUCCAUAAUCUAAUGCACUUAGAUUUUCCAGGACUUUCUGGGCCACCUGUGUAUUGCCAAUGUUCAGAUUUGCACCUCCGCAAAUGUCAACCUAAGAAAGCCACGUCACCGGAAGCUCAAAUUUCUAAUGAUCUUCUUCGCAGACUUGAAUGGAUGAGCUUUUCACGUUUAUCAUCAAAA